CGCUUUCAGGCUUCGUCCUUGAACGGGUUUCUUGUUACAGUCUCCUUCUUUGCCCAAUGGCACUGUUGUAACCUGUCGCUUGUCUCGAAUUACGGAGGAGUUUUCGGGUUUUGGUUGUCCACCUCCAUUUCGGAAGCCGCUCUUCAUAAUUAGACACGCCCCGCUGCAGGCCAGGGCCAGCAGCCAUGGAGAACGCAUUCGCAAAGCCGAUCGACGAGGUGCUUGGCACCCUCGGAGUCGACGUGACAACCGGCUUGAAUGACGAGCAGGUCGCCAGGCUACAGGCCAAAUACGGCAAAAAUGCCAUUGCCGAGGAACCGCCCACGCCCCUGUGGGAGCUCAUUCUCGAGCAGUUCAAGGACCAGCUGGUCAUCAUCCUUCUCGGCUCCGCCGCCAUUUCGUUUGUGUUGGCACUUUUCGAGGAGGAGGGCGGGUGGAGCGCGUUCGUCGACCCGGUUGUCAUUCUCACCAUCCUGAUCCUCAAUGCCGUCGUGGGCGUCUCCCAGGAGAGCAGCGCCGAAAAGGCGAUCGCUGCGCUGCAGGAAUACUCGGCCAACGAGGCGAACGUGGUGCGCAAUGGCCAGAUUCACCGGAUCAAGGCGGAGGAGCUUGUGCCGGGCGACAUCGUGGAUGUCUCCAUCGGCGCGCGCAUCCCCGCCGACUGCCGACUCGUGUCGAUCCAGAGCAACAGUUUUGCCGUUGACCAAGCCAUCCUCACCGGCGAGAGUGAGAGCGUCGGCAAGGACCCCCGUGCUGUCGUGAGCGACGAGAAGGCUGUGCUCCAGGACCAGGUCAACAUGUUGUUUUCGGGCACGACUGUUGUGACCGGCCACGCCAAGGCCGUGGUCGUUCUGACCGGCUCCAAGACGGCCAUUGGCGAUAUCCACGAGAGCAUCACCGCGCAGAUCUCCGAGGCGACCCCCUUGAAGCAGAAGCUCAACGACUUCGGCGACCAGCUCGCCAAGGUCAUCACAGUCAUUUGCGUCCUUGUCUGGCUCAUUAACAUCCCCCACUUCAGCGAUCCCAGCCAUGGAAACUGGACUAAGGGCGCCAUCUACUACCUCAAGAUCGCCGUCUCCCUUGGUGUAGCCGCUAUUCCCGAGGGCCUUGCUGUCGUCAUCACCACUUGUCUCGCCUUGGGAACGCGAAAGAUGGCUGCCAAGAACGCAGUCGUUCGGAGCUUGCCCUCCGUCGAAACCCUGGGUAGCUGCAGCGUCAUCUGCUCCGACAAAACCGGCACCCUGACCACAAACCAGAUGAGCGUGAGCAAGAUCGUCUAUUUGAACAGUGACGGUACCGAUCUGGAGGAGUUUGACGUCGAGGGCACAACCUUCGAGCCGAAAGGCGACAUCAAGUUCCAGGGCAAGGUGGUUGCGGAUCUCGCCCAGGAGUCCACGACGGUGCUCCAGAUGACCGAGGUCGCUGCCCUCUGCAACGAAGCCCGGCUUGAUUACCACCCGCAUUCGGGAACCUAUUCCAACGUGGGCGAACCGACCGAGGGUGCCCUCCGCGUCAUGGUCGAGAAGAUCGGGCCCCGCGCUCCUUCCGACUGCCACCCCCAGGAUCGCGUACAUUACGCCAGCUCGUGGUACGAGAAGCAGUACAGCCGCCUUGCCACGUAUGAGUUCUCGCGUGACCGGAAAAGCAUGUCGGUUUUGGUUCAGAAUGGAAGUGAGCAGAAGCUGUUCGUCAAGGGUGCGCCCGAGUCCAUCAUCGAACGGUGCACCCAUGUUCUUCUGGGACGCAACGGCAAGAAGCUUGCUUUGAACCGCAAGCUCGCCGAGCUACUCUUGAAGGAGGUCGUCGAGUACGGCAACCGGGGUCUCCGUGUCAUCGCUCUGGCCAGCCGCGACCAGGUCAAUGAUGAUCCCCUUCUCCACAAGGCCAAGUCCACGGCCGAGUAUGCCGCUUUGGAGCAGAACCUCACCCUUCUCGGACUUGUCGGCAUGCUGGAUCCACCUCGCCCGGAGGUCCCUGCUGCUAUCCAAAAAUGCAAGGAGGCCGGCAUCCGAGUCAUUGUUGUCACGGGCGACAACCGCAACACGGCCGAGACCAUCUGCCGGCAGAUCGGCGUGUUUGGCCCCAACGAGGACUUGACCGGCAAGAGCUUUACUGGUCGCGAGUUUGACAACCUCAGCCCGAGCGAGCAGCUCGAGGCAGCCAAGAACGCUUCUCUGUUCUCCCGCGUGGAACCCACCCACAAGUCCAAGCUUGUGGACCUGCUCCAGUCGCUGGGCGAAGUUGUGGCCAUGACAGGCGAUGGUGUCAACGACGCCCCCGCCUUGAAGAAGGCAGACAUCGGCGUGGCCAUGGGCUCGGGUACGGAUGUGUCAAAGCUCGCGGCCGACAUGGUGCUGGCUGACGACAACUUCGCUACCAUCGGGGUCGCCAUCGAGGAGGGACGCUCCAUUUACAACAACACCCAACAGUUCAUUCGCUAUCUGAUUUCCUCCAACAUCGGCGAGGUCGUCUCCAUCUUCCUGACCGCCGCGCUGGGCAUGCCCGAGGCUCUCAUCCCCGUCCAGCUGCUCUGGGUGAACCUCGUCACGGAUGGUCUGCCGGCCACCGCCCUGUCGUUCAACCCGCCCGACCACGACAUCAUGAAGCGGCAGCCAAGGAAGCGCGACGAAGCCUUGAUUGGCGGCUGGUUGUUCCUCCGGUACCUGGUCAUCGGGACAUACGUCGGUCUCGCCACGGUCGCCGGUUACGCCUGGUGGUUCAUGUUCUACUCGGAAGGACCCCAGAUCAGCUUCUACCAGCUGUCGCACUUCCACCGCUGCGCCGCCGAGUUCCCCGAGAUCGGCUGCGAGAUGUUCACCAACGACAUGGCCAAGGCCGGCUCGACCGUGUCGCUGUCCAUCCUGGUCGUCAUCGAGAUGUUCAACGCCAUGAACGCCCUCUCGUCGAGCGAGUCCCUCCUGACGCUCCCCGUGUGGGAGAACAUGAUGCUGGUGUACGCCAUCGGUCUGUCGAUGGCGCUGCACUUUGCCUUGUUGUACAUUCCCUUCCUGCAGACCCUCUUCUCCAUCCUGCCGCUCAACUGGGCCGAAUGGAAGGCAGUGCUCGUUAUUAGCGCGCCUGUAAUUUUCAUUGACGAGGUCUUCAAGUUUGUAGAGCGGGGGUUCCUCGAUCGGAGUACCGCUCGUGGGCUGCCCAAAGGCAAGAAGAAGGAGCUGUAGAGAAAAGCCCGGCAUGUAGACAAUCCGAUAGAUCUGAUUGUAGUACAUAAUGAGGGUAUAGACCGGGGUGGAUGUCCAGACAUCACAAUGCACAGCAAUCAUGGAAGGAGAGCAGAUGCUACGCGGCCUCUCUUGCAAUAUCGACCACGGUGUCUCAAGAUGCGUUUUAGUGUUAACAACGCCCCAGCUGCCCCAGCCCAACCAUAGCAAGCAUGUGAUCAUGCGCGCCAAACCAUCAGUCCCCCUAACCGUUUCCAAACGCAU